UUCUUCUUGUACCACAGAAAAAGUCCUUGCCUACCAAGGCGUCCCACUCCACUUUAUGCGAGCCAGUAUCCAGAUAUAAAUUGAUCCACGCGCACGCAUCCCACCCUCCCCCGACUUUUUCCUUUCUGCUCAACACGACUCAACUCUUUCUCCGAGUCUUAUUUCCAAUUCUUCUUCUUUGGUAUUCAUUAACAAACAUGCCUGUCGACGCUAGCCGGGGGAUUGAGGGUUCGUCGCAGUCCGAGUCUGGGCCGCCAUCGACUACACAGGAUAUCAAGGGCGACAAACCCUACACACAAAAGGGUGAUUCCGGCUCACUCACGGAGCUGUCGGGCGAGGACUCGCGGGGGUCUCACAUGAACCGCAUGCUGUUUGCUUGCGCAUCCGUCGCUGCGCUCUCAUCUAUCAACUACGGCUGGGUAAUUGGGUCUGUCAACAUUCCCAGCUUGGUAAUCCAGGAAUGCUCGAGCGGGCCUGAGGAAUGGAAGGCAGGAUUCCCUAGCUGCCUGCCGAUGGGAAGCACGCUCUGGGGUCUUGUGGUGGCAUUCACGCCGCUGGGCGCAUGGGCAGGAUCGCUAUUCUCGGGCAAAUUCGCCGACAGAUUUGGCCGCAAGACCACGCUGCUAGCCAACAACGUAUUCUUCGUGGUGGGUGCCCUGCUGAUGUGUACAUCAACAUCCAUUGCACAGCUGGGCGUAGGACGUUUCGUUUCGGGAAUUGCCUGUGGUGUGGCUUCCAACAUUGUCUCUACAUACAAUAGCGAGGCGUCCACUGUCAAGUCUCGUGGACUCCUCGGCGGAUUCCAGCAGCUUAUGAUCCUGGUCGGCCUGUUUCUGUCGCAGGUAGUGGCCAUUGGCCUGUCGACAGCACCGCUCUGGCGUAUCCUGUUCUCGAUCAGCGCAGCCCUUGCCAUUUUCCAGUCGCUGCUGUUGCUGCUGGCGCCCGAGUCGCCAAGGUUCCUGGCUUCCAAGGGCCGCCUCGAAGAGUCGCGGACAGCGCUGCAGAAGCUGCGGCCAAAUCUGAACAUCACAAUGGAGUUUGACGAUCUGGUUGAGGCCAUCGAGGCUAGCCAGCUGACUGCCGCCGACUACACGCCGUCGCUGUGGGACGUGCUGUCAGGAAACACGCCGACCGAUCUGCGCCACCUGGUGUACUGCGUGCUGUUCCUGAUGCUCUCGCAGCAAUGGAGCGGCGCCAAGGGCGUCAUGUUCUACUCGACUGAGAUCCUCAGCAAGACCUUCCACCUUACUGAGGAAGAGAUCCAGCAUAUCCCCAGCAUUGCGCAGCUGCUCACCGUGGGCAUCGGCGCUAUUGGUGCUAUUGCCGUAGUCAUUGGUAUGAACCUCUCUCUGAUGACAUGCGUGUGCGCCGUGCUGAUUGUGGUCGGCAGCAAAUUGGACAUUGGUCCCAUGGUCGCCGCUUUCAUGUACAUGUUCAAUCUCGUGUUCCAGAGCGGCGCUGGCUUUAUCCCGUACUUGUCAGCCUCGGAACUGCUGCCGUACUACGUUCUUGGCAGUAUCAGCGGGCUGGCAGCGUCAAUCAACAGUCUCGUGCUGUUUGUUGUCAGCCUUCUGUUCCCGGUCCUGGACAAGGCGCUGGGUCCGUAUCUGUUCGUCCCGUUCGCCGCCACCAACUUCAUCACAUUCCUGUUUGCCUGCCUGUUUAUGCCUGAGGCCAAGGGCAAGACGGUGGUGCAGGUCAUCCACGAGUACAAGGGCCCGCUGCAUGUUGUUGGCAACAUCAAGUUUUGGAAAAAGCAGGCCUAACCGGCAGCACACGAUCAUGUACAAACUUUAUUAUUGCUCUCUGCACCAUACACAUUAGCCAUCCUUUAUGUAGCCGUUCUUAUACAUCUCUGAUAAUUUCAACACAU